UGCGAUUACCUAAGUGCUUAUUGCAAAUUAUCGUAUUUUGUUAAAAUGUCUAUGGUCGAGUGUUGUUGUUAGUUUAAGUAAGUAUAAGUAACUCUCCGAUUUUUAUUGUUAUUUAGUAAAAUGGACCCUCUUAGUGGAAGUUGCUACAAUCUCAACUCACGAAGACUCUCAAGCCAGAUCCUCGCCCAACAAAAAAUCGACCAAAAAUACUCACAAAUUUCAGGCAGCGUUAUCACACUCAGCAAAUAUGAACAACGCAACUUCAAGAAUCUCACACCACAAUUACUAGCCGCUGUUUUAGUCACUUCCUACCAUGUCUCGAUUGGAAUCUCGUUGGCAUUCUCCGCCAUAGUCCUCCCCCAGCUCAAAUCUCACCCCGAAUUUAAAGUCAGCGAAUGCGAGGCGUCAUGGAUUGCAAGCAUUGUCGCCUUGAGCACCCCCCUGGGAAGCCUCAUCGUGGGCUUCCUCAUGGACCAAUACGGCCGCCUCAAGACCCUCGCCAUGGCCUCCAUUCCUGCGAUCAGUGGCUGGGUCCUGAUCGCUCUUUCUGACAACGUCCUUUUACUGAUAACAGGACGCGCGUUGGUUGGUUUCGCCUCAAGCAUCGGCUCGAGUCCUGCGGUGGUUUAUUUGACCGAAAUCGCCCGAAAGGACAUGCGAGGAUCGUUGAUUUGUUUCGCCCAAGCUUUAACCUCCCUCGGGAUGGUGCUAGCCUUCAUCAUGGGCUAUUUCCUGGACUGGAAACAAGUCGCCUGGUUCACGAACAUCUUCAUCGUAAUCCCGUGCAUCCUCGUGUUCUUCAUCCCGGAAAGUCCCGCCUGGCUCGUGUCGAAAAACCGGAUAGAAGAAGCGAAAAAAUCACUGCUUUGGAUCAACAAAUACCAAACGGUGCAGUUGUCACUCGUUCAGCUCUCGCUUCUCCAAAGGGAACACGAGUUGAAGGAGAGCGAGACGAGCAAAAUGGACACGAUCAAGGAGUUGGGCAAACCAACAGGGUAUAAGCCGCUUCUGAUCCUGACUGGACUUUUCCUGUUCCAGCAAUUUUCCGGGAUUUUCACCUUCCUGUUUUACUCGAUCACGUUUUUUCAAGAGGUGGGUUCAACGAUGAAUCCCUAUCUCACGUCGAUUUUCAUCGGAAUCGUACGCUUUGUCAUGUGCAUGGUCAACACCUACGUCCUGCGAACGUACGGCAGGAGACCGUUGGUCAUCUUGAGUUGUUUCGGGAUGUCUGUCAGCAUUUUCCUCUCCGGGUUUUUCACCCAUUGGGUCAAAACCGGUGUCACUACACUCACGUGGCUUCCUGUCCUCUUCCUCCUACUUUUCGUGUUCACUUCAAUGAUCGGUUUGGUCCCAAUUCCCUACACAAUGACCGCGGAAUUGUUCCCCCUGGAGAUAAGAGGGGUAGCGCACAGUAUUUCCACGUGUCUUGCCAGUAUUUUCACCUUUGCGUCUCUACAGCUGUAUCCAGUGAUGUAUCAAGGCUUUGGGGGUAUUCAUGGAGUCCAGUAUUUCUUCGCAGGGGUCACUUUAAUAGCCGCGUUCUACGUCUAUGUGUUUUUGCCCGAAACUCACCAAAAGAAGUUGUCCGAAAUUGAGGACUAUUUCAACAAACCUCCAAAGGCUGAAAAGCAACAAAAACAAAUCGUGCAAGAGGUGUAAAAAGACUCGAUUGUGUACAAUUUUUAAUAAAAUAAAGCAUUGUGAUAACACUUAAACCUACGAUUGUUUGCAUGGAAUAUGAAAUUUCUGGGUCAAAUGUGUCGACCGCUUUUGCAUACAAAUUAGUGUAAAUAUUUCUUACGCAAUUUGGGCAAGAAAAAUUGCAAAAGGUUAAACAACGGAUCAAAGGAUAUUUUUUAAAUUAAAUUGAUUUGAUGAAAAAUUUAGUUAGACACGAAAUCGGAAAACUCAUUCUGCUAUUGCACUUUGAAAUCGAAUUAAUGGAGAAUUAGCGCCCUCAAAAGUUGGGUUUUUUCAGACAAGUUUGGUAAUCACUGGCAAAAACAAAUCAAGUGGGUUUGAAAAUUACUUAAUUUUUGCAUUUACAAUCAAUACAAAACAUUUUCUUAAGGAUAAUCCGAAAAACUUAAAAUUCCAAUUUGUUAAAGUAGAGGUGGACAAAAAAUAUUAAAAUACAAAAUGGCAUUAUUAUUUGCUUUGUUUUUGUGUUUUUGAGUAAUAGCAAAUUAAGCUAAAAAUAUGUUCAAUUUACCUAGUGACUUUUUUAAGAUGAAAUUGCUAGUUAUGCUAAGAAAAGAUAGGAAAAAUAUGUUUUCCUGACGAGAUAAUGAACACAAAAUUUGUAAAAUUUGUUGAGGGAUUUAUGUGAGUGUAGAAAACUGCUACAUUUCCUAAUUUAUUCACAGAGACCGGAUCUUAAGAAAGUUUUCCAACACGCAAUUUUUAAGGGCUUUUCUAAAACUCCAAAUAAAUAAAAAUAAAAUAUAAUAAAUAAAUUUGUUUUGGUAAAAAUGGAAAUAUUUGACACCCUUUUUAUUUUUCCUAAACUCUUAAACUGAAUUCUUUUUAAAUAUCUUGUAGUUGUGUUUAACCUUCCUAAUUUGAAAUAUUUGUUUCAAUUUUUUUUUAUUAGUAUUUAGUUUAAAAUCAUUACAAGUUUUUCAAUUUCAUAGUUAUUUUAUUUUACAUCUAAAGAUUUUUUGUUUCUCAGGCUUCCAGUAUUUCAGCUUUUUAGUUUCUUAAUUUCUCCACCGUUCUUCAAUUUUUCAGUUUUUCCUGAUUUUACUAUCUUAUCUUAUUAAUAUUCUGACUUUAGAGUUUCAUAGAUUUUUAUUAUCACUGUUUCAGUUACUUAAAGAUCCACAGAAUUUUAAUCUCACUGUUUUUUAGUUUUCUUUUGUAUUGUUGUUUUUAAGUAUAUUAGAUUUUUAGUCUCAGUCUCUUAGUGUAUAUUUAUUAGUGUUUUUCUUCUCCAGUUCUACAGUUUUUUCAAUUACUCAGUUUUUCAGUCGAUAAGUUUUUCAAAAUUUCAGUCUUUGUUUUCAGUUUUCAGUUUUUUUGUAUGUUUAGUUUCCCAGCGUUAAAAUUCCUUUGUCAGUUUUCAACUUUUAACUUUUGAAAAUAUACAUACUUACUUAGAGUAUUUUCAACUAUUUUUGUAUCUUACACAAUUUUUGGAUUAACCUUCAUUCUGGAAUAAAAAAAUUGUUUACGUAGAAGUGUGAAAAUUGCACUGUUCGCCAAUUGUUAAUUUUGAUCUUAAAAAUUUAUUUUAAUUAUCAUAAUUGUAAUUAUUAAUUUUUCCACUCCGACAAUUUAGAUUUAAUUAGUUGUGUGAAAGUUCUAUUUUUCGAGGAUUCUAAGUUUUUGUGUAAUGAAUUUAAAAAAAAGUUUGUUUUCGUAAAAAAAAAACAAAAACUAAACAGAAUCGGCCAUUUUAUUGACAUCUAGUGAAAUCCCAUUCUGUGAGAAAGACCGGGCCUAGAACCGGUUCACUGGUGUCUCAUUUGUCCCAGAAAUGAGUAAAUUGACCAACAAAAAUAUAAAACUCACCUUAUACUUGUUUGUCUGGUGCACAAAAAAUUGCAAGACGAUUGAAGCGUUUGCCUUUGAAUUUCGGAAAAAAUUUGUUUUGUUAAAAAUAGAAAUAUUUGAUAGUCUCUUAAUUUUUGAUAAAUUCCAAAAUUUAAUUGUUGAGUUUUAAACAUUCUACAGUUGUGUUUAACCUCCCUUAUUUAAAAUUAGGUAGAUACUUUUUUCAAUUUUUUUAUUAAUAGUAUUUAGUUUAUCGAAAUGUUCAAUUUCAUAGUUAUUUUAUUUUCCGUCUAAAGAUUUUUUGUUUCUAAAGUUUCCAGUAUUUCAGCUUUUUAGUUUUUUAAUUUCCCCAUAUUUCAUAUUUAUUUAGUAAAUUUUUCAGUUUUUGUGACUUUAUCACAUUAAUGUUCUUACUUUACACUUCCAUUUAUCACUCUUUCAAUCACUUAUUGUAAUGUAUAGAUUUUAAUUAGUCCUAGUUUUCUAGGAUUUUUAAUUUAUGUGUAGUACAUUAAAAAAUUGUGUGAUUUUGUCAAAAAAAAUCAAAUUAUUUCAAAAACUAAGGAGAAUCGACCAUUUUAUUCGCAUCUAAGUGAAAUCCCGUUCUGUGAGAAAGACCAGCCCUAAAACCUGUUUGAUAGUGUUACUGAAGUGAGUACUUUAACCAAUAAAGAAAAAAAAAUCACCUACUACUUGUUCAUCUGGUGCACAAAAAAUUGCAAGACGAUUGAAGCGUUUAAGCGAUUUAAAGGCGUUCAUAACUGAACAAAAAAUUGCAGUUUGAUUUGUUUGAUUUGUAUCCAGAAAUGAGACGAGCAAAAUGGACACGAUCAAGGAGUUGGGCAAACCAACAGGUUAUAAGCCGCUCUUGAUCCUGACUGGACUUUUCCUGUUCCAGCAAUUUUCCGGGAUUUUCACCUUCCUGUUUUACUCGAUCACGUUCUUUCAAGAGGUGGGUUCAACGAUGAAUCCCUAUCUCACGUCGAUUUUCAUCGGAAUCGUACGCUUUGUCAUGUGCAUGGUCAACACCUACGUCCUGCGAACGUACGGCAGGAGACCGUUGGUCAUUUUGAGUUGUUUCGGGAUGUCUGUCAGCAUUUUCCUCUCCGGGUUUUUCACCCAUUGGGUCAAAACCGGUGUCACUACACUCACGUGGCUUCCUGUCCUCUUCCUCCUACUUUUCGUGUUCACUUCAAUGAUCGGUUUGGUCCCAAUUCCCUACACAAUGACCGCGGAAUUGUUCCCCCUGGAGAUAAGAGGGGUAGCGCACAGUAUUUCCACGUGUCUUGCCAGUAUUUUCACCUUUGCGUCUCUACAACUGUAUCCAGUGAUGUAUCAAGGCUUUGGGGGUAUUCAUGGAGUCCAGUAUUUCUUCGCAGGGGUCACUUUAUUAGCCGCGGUUUACGUCUAUGUGUUUUUGCCCGAAACUCACCAAAAGAAGUUGUCCGAAAUUGAGGACUAUUUCAACAAACCUACAAAGGGUGAAAAGCAACAAAAACAAAUCGUGCAAGAGGUGUAAAAAGACUCGAUUGUGUACAAUUUUUAAUAAAAUAAAGCAUUGUGAUAACACUUAAA